GUUAAAAAAAAUCAAAGUGUACGCAGAGAAAACAGAAGAAGCGGUGGCUCUGAGCCGGCGAAGUUUUUUUUCUCAUCCCUAAAAUUUUCAUGUCCAUCUUGCCUCAUUCGCAUAUCCAAGGUCACAAUUCGAUUUCUUCUCCUCCUUCAGAUUCGUCUCUAAACCAAAGCUCUGAGCAUGGCAACAACUCUUCUGUGCCUCCUCUUCCCUCUUCUCCUUCCUCUCGAAUUGGAUCCCUCAGCCUCGCCGGACUUUCUUUCCCCACUGCUGAUUUCUCCGGCGGCUCUCGGGAACCGGUUGCUGCAGCUGAGGAGGGACAUAGCCGUGGAUCUUCCAAAGAGAUGACGCAAAUUGGAUCAGGGAAGCAGAGUUUUUCCCCACCUAGUGCAGAUACACGUGACCAUGUCCGAUAUGAUGGUCGAAGGAAUAGGUCCAGAGGGAGAAAUAGUGGAGCUGCUGGUUCUUCUUCUCAGUUGCAGCAUAAUACGAGACCUUUUGAUUCUUCUAGAGGCGUUUCGCAUCAUAACACAACUGGUAGAAGAGCUAAUAUGAUCAGCGGGAACCAUUUACUGAAUUUUCAGUAUGAUCCGAUUUCGCCCCAACAAUCUAGGGGUCCUCCUCCACCUCAAAGAAGGCAAAUGUACAAGAGGAGGCCUUAUAACAAGGAUCUGUUUCUUCAGGCAAAUUACAAGUUUGUUGUGUUGGACACUGGGGAUCAUUCUCCUGACUCCAUGGAUCCUGAUAAGAUGCUGCAGUGGGAGAAUAUAAUUUGUGUAAGGUAUUCCACCCCGUCUCCUGUGCAGUGUCCGAUUUGCUUGGAGUAUCCUCUAUGUCCGCAGAUAACUUCUUGUGGGCAUAUUUUCUGUUUCCCGUGUAUUCUACAGUACCUGUUGAUGGGUGUGGAUAAUCAUAGGGAAGAAUGCUUCAAGAGGUGUCCUUUGUGUUUUGUGAUGAUUUCGACAAAAGAGUUAUACACGGUUUACAUUGAGAACGUCAAGCAGUACUCUGUUGGAGAUCCCAUUGAGUUUACACUUUUGACUCGCAAGAAAGACUCUUUUGCUCCAACCCGGAAAAUUGAGUACGACCCGGCUUUACCUAAUGGUGAAAACGGAAUACAUGAUCCGUUCUCAAAGUUCACUUUCACCCAAGAUGUUGAUCUCUCUGUCAGACAAGCAGUUUCAGAGUUAGACAGUUGGAUUGCAAGAGCAGAUCCUGGGCUCGUCGAAGACUUGGAGAAGCACCUAUAUGUUAAUGCCGCUUUGGAGCGUUUGGAGCAGAGAAAAUUGUACUGGAAUGAGCACAGACUCUCUAAUUAUAGCAAAUCAAGCACGACGACUAUAAAUCAGUCACCAUCAUUCUCACCUCCUGAUGGUUCUCGAGUUGGUUAUCAAUCACCCAGCUGGGCGAGUGGAGCAUCAACUAGCAGCUCCAACAAUCAAGAUAAAUCAGUUGAUGAUUCUUCAGUGGAUAAGUCAGAUGAGGAAUCUCAAUCUAGUUUGGAAAAGAGUUGUGAUAAUGGUCACUCUCCAGAAGACCAGGAAGCACCGUCAUCUUCCUCGCACAAUGGGAGUAAAGGUCCCUUGUUGCACCAAAAUGACACCAAAGACUUGAAGGACAACGAUGCGUAUAACUUUUAUCAGUCCGUUGAUGGGCAGCACAUAAUCCUCCACACGUUGAAUGUGAAAUGCCUUCUGCAUCACUAUGGCAGCUAUGACUUGCUUCCGUCAAGACUGAGUGGAAAAAUACUAGAAAUGGAGACUGUAACCCAGUCAGAAGCGAUAAGGAGACGCUACCGCUUCUUGAGUCACUUUUCUUUAACAACUACAUUUCAGAUUUGUGAGAUUGAUAUGAGGGAAUCAUUGCCUCCUGACGCGUUUGCUCCAUUUAUGGAUGAAAUAAAGAAGCGUGAUAAGCAGAGGAAAGAACGUGCUAGGAAGGAUCAAAAAAAUAAAAUCAAAGCUGAAGUAGCUGCAGCUGCAGAGCUUGCACCAUUGAUGGGCAGUUUUAUACAGUCCCCUCGUGAUGACUUUCCUCCGUUUUCUUUGGACGACUUUGAAGCCCUUGGAAACUCUGCCCCAAUAUCAUCAAGCCCUCCAAACAUCGGAGAGAGAAGUUCCUUCUCACACGUGACAAGGCUCGGUUUUGCAGCUGGCCACGACUCUCCCAACCUGAAUAACGAAUCAACAAGCGUUCAAAGCAGCAGUAGUGAAGUCACAAACGCAACAGCAGGUGCAAGAAACACAAACAUAACAUCAUUCGCUACUGUAACAUCAAGAACACCAAGCGCACCAUCCAUCAUCAAAGAGCCCGGAAAGAGAGGAAAGAAACCGAGCCGAGUGCUUCUAUCGACAACCAGUGUACGCCGCUACUGAAUUUGUAUGUAUAAGCUUUGCUUCUAAAAAAAUCUGAAUAAAGGAAGAACCAGAGAAUGUGGUGAUUAAGUAAACUCAAACUUUCGUGUUGUUUUUAAUAUGGAACCAUAUAAAGUCUCUCAUAAUUACA